UGGAUGGCUGUCCGUCAGUGGCCUCUGACGGGAAGAUGGGUGGGUUCCGCACAUGGAAAAUAUGAGUCCCACCCACAUUAGUUAAAUACAGCCAGGACCAACUACGGCUAAAGCAAUAGUCCACCAGGAAGAGACUGCCAGCGGAAGAGAAGUUUGAAGCCAUGAGCUAUCCUGGAUACCCCCCUCAGGGUGGCAGCUACCCCCCGCAGCCUGGGGCUUACCCCCCGCAGCCUGGGGCCUACCCACCCCAGCCUGGAGCGUACCCUCCCCAAGCAGGAGCCUACCCACCUCAGGCAGGUGGCUUCACCCCACAGGCUGGCUACCCUCCACAGGCUGGGGCCUACCCACCUGCACCACCAGCAGGCAGCUGGGGAGGUGGGCCUACUGGUGGUUAUCCCUCUAUCAGUCUUGACAACCUACCCAACCCUGGAUUCAACCCUGCCAAUCUUCCUGCCAUGGCCAACCAGAUCUCUGCGGCCAUGGGGGGGUUUACACCAAACCCGUCCAUGUUCCCCCAAGCUCCUGGGGGGUACCCACCUGCCCCUCAGCCUGGUGGGUAUGGUGCCCCCUCCCCUAACCAACAGCCAUAUGGCCUGUACCCGCAGCCAGGAGGGACCAUGCCUCAACCCCAAGGCCCAGGGAUGGGAUACCCUGGGCAGGCUGGGCAGCCAGGCCAGCCGAUGCCUGGGUAUCCUCGUGCACCAUCACCCAACCCGUCCAUGCCCGGUUAUGGAGCUGCACCAGCACCAAUGCCAGGAUACCCUAAGGCCCCAUCACCCAAUCCAUCCAUGCCAAGCUAUGGAGGUGGAGCCAUGCCUGUAGCUCCAGCAGUCAACAGAGGAUUCAGGGGAUCAAUCAAGGAUUUUCCUGGAGCUGACCCACUGAAAGAUGUGGAGGUCCUGAGAAAGGCCAUGAAGGGCUUUGGAACUGAUGAGCAGGCCAUUAUUGACUUACUGGGGAGUCGCUCCAACAAGCAGCGUGUACCUCUGCUCAGGACCUUCAAAACUGCCUAUGGGAAGGAUCUGAUUAAGGACCUGCACUCAGAACUUUCUGGGGACUUUAGGAAGCUGGUCAUGGCCAUGCUGAAGACCCCUGCUGAGCUUGAUGCCUAUGAGCUCAACAGUGCCAUAAAGGGAGCUGGAACUGAUGAAGCCUGCCUAAUAGAGAUCCUGUCCUCUCGUUCCAAUGCUGAAAUCAAGGAGAUUACCAGUGUUUAUAAAAGAGAAUACAAGAAGUCACUGGAGGAUGCCAUCAGUGGAGAUACCUCAGGUCACUUCCGCAGGCUCCUGAUCUCACUUGCCCAGGGUAAUCGUGAUGAACGAGAAACAGUGGACAUUGCUUUAGCCAAGCAAGACGCUCAGGCCCUCUAUGCCGCUGGAGAGAACAAGCUGGGAACUGAUGAGUCCAAAUUCAAUGCCAUUUUGUGUGCCAGGAGCAAACCCCAUCUCAGAGCAGUGUUUCAUGAGUACCAGCAGAUGUGUGGCAGGGACAUUGAGAAGAGUAUCGGCAGAGAGAUGUCUGGAGACCUUGAGAGUGGCAUGCUAGCAGUGGUCAAGUGUAUUAAGAAUACACCUGCCUACUUUGCUGAGAGGCUGUACAAGGCCAUGAAGGGAGCUGGAACCAAAGACAAAACCCUGAUCCGGAUCAUGGUGUCCCGCUCUGAGGUUGACAUGCUGGAUAUCCGCCAGGAGUAUAUGAAAAACUACGGCAAGUCGCUGUACACACACAUUUCUGGAGACACAUCAGGAGACUAUAAGAAACUGCUAUUGAAGCUCUGUGGAGGCAGUGACUGAAGAAAGAAGUACCACGUGUGCAAUAUCAUUGGACGUGCCCUCAAAUAUCUGUUUACCGGCUGAUCUAUACUAUGCACCACAAUUUGCAAAACUGCAUGCCAUGCCACUGCUUUCAAUGCAAUUUCUAGUAUCAAGAACCUCAUAUAUCAUUGCUAUAUUUUUUCUAUGUUAUGUGCAAAAGGGCUUUUUCACAUGUGAUAUAUCGCUGUCAGAUAUUUGAGUUGAGUACAUAUGCACUAAGAUUAGAUUUGUAAAAGAUUACAGUUGGAUUUUAAGAACUAUAUAUUUUUAGAAGCAUUAUUUUGGAUUGUGCCAAUGUUAUGCGAUAUCUAACAUAAACUAUGACACAUCAGAAAAAGAGGCAGCAGCUAAGUACCAAAGUAGUUGUUUAAUGUUUGCAUUUAUGUAAUCUUUUAUACUUUUUCUGUACUUUCACUAUAUUUGUUUAUCACAAAUGUGCUGUAUUUGCAGAUGGCUUUAAUUUUCAUUUACAUGUAUCUCUCUAUGCUUAUCAGUGUACCAUACAUGUAAAACAUGUGGAAUUACAUUUAAAAAAAAAAAAAAAAAAAAGUUCGCUUUUAUCAUCAUGAGUAUCAGAAAA